UUUUAAAUAUAAAUUCAUUUUAUUACAUUUGUUAACCGGUACAGACAUGUAUAUAUGAUUAGUUGCGCUGAAAACAAUUUGUUUCGUGUAAUAAUAUUUUAAGAAAGCGGGUCAUUUUUUCCGUGUUUCUAAAAUAAUAAUUGUAUAUAAACACACACGCAGGCCCACCGAGAGGACUGGGAAGCAACACAAUUUAAAAAAACAAUUCAGGAGAACGUCACUUCGCAUUCAUAAAUAUUGACACAUCCUUCUAAAGGGAGAGGCGGCAGUUUUGUGUUACAGACAUCAAGGCGCCUAAACCCCAAAAAACGGAUUCCACAGUUGUUUUCGCAGAUAUCCUGCUGACAAUACCUGAAGAAAUUUGUUCAGAAGACAAAACUGGAUUAUCCUUGUGAAAGAGAAGAUUCAUCGAUGGAGCCUGUCCAUAUUAAAGAGGAGAGUCCUGUACUAGAAUCAGUCCAUAUUAAAAGGGUUAUUCUCAAUUCUAAACCCUUAAGCAGCUUGCAGGGCUCUCUUCCCUGUCCGGGAUGUGGGGAGAGUUUUAAUCCUGAAGGAAACCUUGAAACAUCUCCUGGAAAGACUCUGCAUCGCUGUGCUGGAUGUGUGAAGACUUUCAGGGAGUCAGGAAUCCUGAACGGACAGCAGCAAACAAGCACUGGAAAGACUCCAUAUAACUGUCAUGAAUGCGGGGCAGAUUUCAGACACCACAGCACCGUGAAACACCACCUGCGAGUUCUGAAGGUACAGCUGGGUUAUCCUUGUGAAAGGCAGGAUUCAGAGAUGGAGCCUGUCCAUAUUAAAGAGGAGCUUCCUGACCUAGACCCUGUCCAUGUUGAAGAGGAGGGUAACCAUUUUAAAACAAGCAGCUUGCAGGGCUCUCUGUCCUGUACAGAAUGUGGAGAGAGUUUCAGUCAGUCACAAAACCUGAAACUUCACCAGCAAAUCCACACUGGAGAGAAACAACAUGUCUGUGCUGAUUGUGGGAAGAGUUUUAGACAUUUACAAAAUCUGAAACGUCACCAGCGAAUCCACACUGGAGAGAAACCAUAUCUCUGUGUUGACUGUGGGAAGAGUUUCAAACAUUUACAUAACCUGAAACUUCACCAGCGAAUCCACACUGGAGAGAAACCACAUGUCUGUGCUGAUUGUGGGAAGAGUUUCAGACAGUCAAACAACUUAAAAAUCCACCAGCAGAUCCACACAGGUGUGAAACCACAUGUCUGUGGUGACUGUGGGAAGAGUUUCAAUCGUGUAGACUAUUUGAAAGCGCACCAGCGAAUCCACACUGGAGAGAAACAAAAUGUCUGUGCUGAGUGUGGGAAGAGUUUCAGUCAGUUACAAAACCUGCAACUUCACCAGCGAAUCCACACUGGAGAGAAACCAAAUGUCUGUGCUGACUGUGGGAAGAGUUUCAAUCAGUCAGGCAACUUGAAAAGACACCAGCGAAUUCACACUGGAGAGAAGCCACAUUCAUGUAAUAAAUGUGGGAAAAGUUUCAGUCAGUUAGCAAAUCUGAAAGACCACCAAUUAAUUCACACAGGAGAGAAGCCACAUCACUGUAACGACUGUGGGAAGAGUUUCAGACACUUAACAAACCUGAACGUCCACCAGCGAACCCACACAGGAGAGAAACCAAUUGUCUGUGCGGACUGUGGGAAGAGUUUCAGACAGUCAGGUGAGUUCAAACUUCACCAGCGAAUCCACACUGGAGAGAAACCACAUACCUGUAAUGAAUGUGGAAAGAGUUUCAGUCAGUCAAGCAACUUGAAAAUGCACCAGCGAUUUCACACAGGAGAAAAACCAUAUAACUGUAAUAACUGUGUUAAGAGUUUCACCCGGAUAGACCAAUUUAAAAUGCACCAGCGAAGUCACACAGGAGAGAAACCUUAUCACUGUUCUCACUGUGGGAAGUGUUUUACUGCUUCCAGUUCUCUUAAAAGACACAAAUGCAAGUUGUGAAAGUUUAGGCAGAAUGUGAGUGUGUGUUCAUUCACCCGCACUCAGAAAUUCCAGUCCUUAAACAGCAGCUUAAUAUAACAACUGUGAGAACUGAUUAAUGUAAACAGAUGAUACAGAUGUAUUGAUAUUAAACACACUGUUCUGAAAUUGUUGUAUUAAGUACAUCCCUCGAAGUCUUGUAGCAUUCAUGCAAUUGAAUUCUCUUUCACUAGGUUUAAAACACACCCUGUUGUCUUUCCAACGCAUAUCUGUUUAACUCUUCCUAUACAUAAUAAACUGCAUUGGAAUGAGAAUAACAAGCUAUUUUAAUCAGUAAGAAGGGUUUCUGUUAGCAUGAUUAGUAAGCUGUGUGUUAAUCGUGUUCAGAUGAACUUCAAGAGUGAGAGAAAUAAUCUGAGUAAACCCGAUCUGUGUGACACUGAAUUCAUUUCAUGAAGUGUCUGAAGAGACACGAAGACUCUGCCAGUGUAUUUUGUGAGGGACACCCAUUACAAAACACUGGCCUUGUUUUAUUAUUAAGUUUCUUUUUAGUUCUAUUGUAACAUUAUGCUUGAGUUUUUAAAAGUUGUAUUUAACUUCCAGUGACACAUAAACCCAAAAUCUGAAAGAGAAGGAGUUGCUUCAGUAAAUAUCAGUGCAUCACAUCUGUGUCAAAGAACAGGAAAGCAUCUGAACAAUAGCGUUCAAUGUAGAAUGGAAUGUGGGGAUUUGGAACUAAUAAAUGGUAAACGUUGUUCAGAUUUGAAACAUGGUCUGGUCUCAUCCUUAUAGCGUAACAAAGCAGUUAAUUCCAUGUUUACCUGAAUCCACAAACCUUACAGGCUGCAGAGUUAACCUGUAGUGUAAAGAGACAGGGCGGUACACCUGCCAUACACACAGCAUGCAAAUACACACAAUA